AUAUACAAAUGAACUCAACUCAUGAAAAGUAAACACCAAAUAGAUAAUACUAAUAGUCACAUUUUAUGGUUGUUCUAUAAACCAACUGGAGGAAAUUCGUGUAAAAAUGGCAACUAAGAUGAAGCCUAUUAUCAUCUCUGCGUUUAAAAUGAAUGGAUUGUCGCUUAGAAGUGAUGCAAGCAAGCUGCUGGCUGAUGUGCUCACUCCCUUGAAUGAAGAUGAGCGAAGUGAAUGGCUGGAUAAAAUCAUAGAUUGUAUUCAAAAACAACAAUUAAACACAGCUAUGAUUGGUCGGUCUGAAGUGGAAGCAGCCAUUGAAGAGUGCAAUGAAGAUACGGAGGAAGAGUCCGACAAGGUUUUAUCUGUCAUUGACGCUUUCAGUAUCCCAAUGUUUUCAUAUAACAGUGAACGUAAAAAACUCUUGUUGAACAAAUAUGUACCUAGUCUUCAUGGUUCCGCUAAAGAUAAAGCGAAUCUGUUUUCAGAACGAUAUACAAUCCUUCACCAGAGGACAAGCAGACACAAUCUAUUCACACCCCCAGUUCUAGGCUCUUUACCAGAAGAAAAAUCACACAAGUUCCAAUUAAAACCUGUGGAGUAUUUACUUGGAAGCUCUUCAAAAUUAGGAGAGAUAAUAGUGUUGGGGAUGAUAACGCAAAUCAAAGAGGGAAAAUAUCACCUUGAAGAUCCCACAGGAGCAGUUGAGCUGGACCUCAGUAAAGCACAAUUUCACAAUGGGUUAUUUACAGAAAAUUGUUUCGUUCUUGCGGAGGGUUGGUACGAAGAUGAAGUAUUUCAUAUCAACGCUUUUGGUUUUCCUCCUGCUGAGCCAAGCGAUAUCACAAGGAGUUUUUUUGGCAAUACAAAUUUUUUUGGUGGCCCAUCUGCAACCUCUGUCAAAGUUUCCAAGCGUUUAAAGACCAUUGAGCAGGAUAACGACAAUGCCAUGUUUGUAUUUAUCUCCGAGGUUUGGUUGGAUCAGCUGAAAGUGAGACAAAAGCUUCAAACCUUGUUUUCUGGUCUUUCUGACAUGCCACCAACAUGUUUUGUCUUCUGUGGAAAUUUCACAUCAACGCCAUAUGGUAGCAACCAUGUCAAGAUUUUAACAGAUUCCCUACAGAUGCUGAUGUCCAUGCUACAAGAAUUUCCAAGUCUGAUAGAGGGCAGCAAGUUUGUGUUUGUGCCUGGACCUCGGGAUCCUGGUCCUGGAAACAUCUUACCUAGAAAAGCAAUACCUGAUUGCAUAACUGAGGAGUUUCGUCGUAAUGUACCUGGUGCAAUAUUUACUUCAAAUCCUUGCAGGAUUCAGUACUGUACCCAGGAGAUGGUAAUUUUUCGUGAGGAUAUUCUUACCAAAAUGUGCCGGAACUGUGUUCGUUUUCCAGAGGCUGGAUCAGAUAUACCGAGUCAUUUUGUCAAGACGGUGAUAUCGCAGAGUCAUCUUAGCCCACUUCCACUCCACGUGUCACCAAUCUACUGGAGUUAUGAUUCAGCCCUCAGACUUUAUCCACUUCCAGAUCUUGUCAUGUUUGGUGACAAAUGCGAUCCUUUCACAAUAACUAACACAAACUGUUUAUGCAUUAAUGCUGGAUCUUUCUCCAAUGGUGGAUACUGCUUCAAAGUUUAUUACCCAAAAACACGAGAAGUGGAAGACAGCAAAAUCGAGGAUUAAAUGAAACCAAGUUUUGACAUGGCAUGGCAUAAGAAGACUGAUUAAACCUAACGGUUAGCAUAUUGUGAGGAUGUGGCUGCAACAAUAGGGCUUCCCGCUAUGAUCAUGUUGUGGGUGUCUUUAAACGGAAGCACAUUGCCCUCUUAUAAUGUUGAAAAUCAAGUGCACACUGCAUUGUAGAACCGUCGGCUGACAAAUUCUAUCGGCAAGCACUUGAAGACAUGUCAUACCAUCUUUGAAUUGUCAGAUGGAUCGUCAUUAAAAAGUGUAUGUGCCUCAUCACACUAGAUUUUUUCAAGCAGGAUUUGGCUUGGGCAACACAGCCUUAAUGUUGGUCUGUUUGGAUACAGAACUAAAGCCUAAUUAUGCGACAGUCUACACUAUGUAUUUCAAAAAUUAUUUUAAAGUAAACUUUAAUAUAAAUCUUUAUAAAAAAAAAUUUUAAAUGAUUUCUUUAUAAAAAUAGUGUAUAAUAAAUGUGAAUAUUAUUGUUUAAGGGAAAU